AUGGCAAAGUAUUCAAAUAGUGCAACACGCUCACAAGCUCUUUACGGUCCUGUGGAUCUGUCAGAUGAAGACUCCAUCCCGGGACAGUUGACUGCAGCGGCAUCGGGCUCCACAUCAGUAGCGCUCACAUCUCCUCUCUCUGUAAUGAACGUGACGUUGAAAAGAGAAAUGGCAGGUUUGUGGGUGAAAAUACCAUGCCUGGAUGAAAUAGGAAGUUGUCAUUAUCCUAAUGUCUGUGACCUGCUCGAUCAACUCAUCCCGCCUGGACAGGACUGCCCUGAGCCUCUGCACACAUACGGCCUGCCCUGCCCCUGCCCAUUCAAAGCUGGUGAUUAUGCUUUGCCAUCAACAGAGAUCGUCAUACCAGAAGUUGAACUGCCUGGCUGGCUGACCAAUGGCUAUUACAAAGUACAGGGCAUUUGAGGAAUCUCUGGGAAAGAACUGGGAUGCCUCAAAAUCAGCUUCUCGUUGCAUUCCAUGAAGAAUUAAGUGAAAUGUAGCAUUUGAUUCAUCUAUAGGACUUUUACUUGAGGUUCUCUUUACAUUUUUAGAAUGACAAAUUGUCAGUCAUAAUGAGCACAUUUCUUUUUAACUAAUGAGAAAUCUAAUUUAAUAGUUUUUAAAUGAUUGGUGGGAGUUGUAAAUACUUUUUACAUCAGUUUACUUUAUAAACCACUGGACCCAGAUUAAAUGCACAUUUUGCUUUUCCUUUUUAUUUUAUUACUUAUUUUAAUUAAUGUGACAAUGUUUUGUCUGGUUAUAACCGCUGCUUUUGUGAUUUGUUUUUGUGCUCUAGCACUAAUGAAGUUCAGUGUCAAAGUGAAACUAAAUCAGUUUUCUUUAAAGGGGAAAUUUCUGUUUUUUGUUCUUAAUAAUUAUUCAAACAUUAAAGUGUUUAGUAGUUACA